AUGCCACCACGCAAGACUCGUAGCUCCCUACCGACCCCGGCCGAUUCCGCCAAGUCUGCAGAAACCCCUUCGACCUCAUCAGCCGCUUCCACUCCGGCAGUAUCGGCUAGUGGUCGAGGCAACAAGGCCUCAGCUCAGGCGGGACUGCCUACGCCUGAUAGUAUGACGGAUGGGGAUGAUGCGGGGACGGAAGUCGAUGAAGAGGAGGUGAAGCCAAAGAAUGCGAGAGGGAGGAAGCGGAAGGUGGAGUCCGAGACUGAGUCUGUCUUCUCUGCCCCCGCCGCUGGAUCGACCUCGAAGGGGGCUUCCGGAUCCCCGAAAUCUACCAUCGAUAGUGUCGCCAUCCCCGGUCGGCGGUCCAAGCUGGGUCAAGAGCAAACGGGCUCAGCCGAUAAUCUGACGCUCGGCUCAUCUGCCCCAGUGGGGAAGAAGCCACGUCCGAGCGCAGUGGCUAAGCUGGGCGAGCUAGAAGGUGAAGAGGGGGGCGAGAAGAAGGUCUUUGAUGAGUUCGGCCUCGAAGUCAUCCCCUCUGCCCCCACUCCCGCCGCAGUACCCAAGGGCAAGAAAGACAAGCACGCCGCCCAACCUUUCAACAUCGGCAAGUACUCGCGAGUCGCCAAAGCCUCCGCCUCCGAGCUCGCACUAUCGGAUGAUGAUACCCCUACGCUCCCCAAACCAGCGGCCGCUCGAGGUCGGCCCAGAGCCUCUGCCGCAUCCUCCACCACCAAGCCUAAGGUCCAGCCCAAGGGACGAGGUAAGCCCAAGAAGGCGGAAGCGUCCGACGAGUCAGAAGUCCCACCCGCAGCAGCGGAUCACUUUGCGAUGGACUCGGACGAGGAAGAACGGCAGCUUAAGGCUGCGAUCAGAGCUUCGGCGGCCCGGGGCGUGACGGACAGGUUCGGGAGUGCGAGCACGACAGAGGUGAAUAGUCGGGCUUCGAGCGCUAUGCCGUCCACUGGCAGAAAGGGGGCUGGGGCGGCGGGGCGGAGUACAGCGCCGAGUACGCCUAGUACGGGUCGGAAGUCGAGAGUGGCUGCUAUCAAGUCUGCAGAGAAAGUCAAGAAGGCGAUAAAGCUCUCCUGGUCAGAGCAGGACGGAACGGACGAUGAGUCCGGGUCGGACUUUGGCGGGUCCGGCUCUGGAACAGGAUCGGACGCCUCGUCCGCCCUCAGCUCGGAAGAAGAGGACUCGGACGACCCUAUCUCUAUCGGUCCCGGCAGCGGCAAAUCCAAGUCGAAGUCCAAGUCGAAAGCCAAGGCCAAGGCCGCGCCAAAGACACGAGGGGGCAAGACUAGGAAGUUCGCCGGGAAAGGUCGGAAGCUAGGCGAUUCUACGCCAGGUUCGGGCAGCGAGGUCGAGGACGAGUCGAUGGCGGAGGAAGACCUCGAUGCGCUUGACGACGAGACAAGGGAGAUGACCAUCCAGAAGAUGAAGGAGGGCAAGGCGGCCAAGCGGGCGGAGGAGAAGGAGAAGAUGAAGCCGAUAAGGAAGGCAGAGGCGGCUUUGAAGAAGGAGUUGGGGAGGAAGUUGACGAAUGGGGAGAAGAAUAGUAUACGGCUGGUUUUGCACCACCCCGAGCUCCGGGAUGUCUGGGGAGACCUACAGCAGAACGUCGUACCCAUCAAACCAGUCAUGAUGGAGGCGCACCCCUCUCUCAAGUUGAACCUUCUGCCGUUCCAAAAGGAGAGUCUGUACUGGAUGAAGGAGCAGGAGAAGGGGGUGUGGAAGGGCGGCAUGCUGGCGGAUGAGAUGGGAAUGGGGAAGACGAUCCAGACUAUUGCGUUGCUUCUUUCGGAACCAAGAAGGAAACCCUCCCUCGUCGUUGCGCCGGUCGUGGCGCUCAUGCAGUGGAAGCAUGAGAUCGAGAAUAAUACGGAUGGGUUCACGGUGUGUGUUUGGCAUGGGCAGGGAAGGAUGAAGGCGGCCGAGCUGAAGAAGUAUGAUGUGGUACUCUGCUCGUACGGUACCCUCGAAGCCUCAUUCCGGCGGCAAGCCCGCGGGUUCAAGAAGGGCGAUGUGUUCAUCAAAGAACAGUCGCCUAUGCACACGUUCGAAUGGUAUCGGGUCAUUCUUGACGAAGCCCACAAUAUCAAAGAACGCAGUACAAACGCCGCCAAAGCCGCCUUUGCCCUUCAAGCGCAAUACAAGUGGUGUCUCUCCGGCACGCCUCUCCAGAAUCGGGUCGGGGAGCUGUACUCGCUCGUCAGGUUCUUAGGGGCCGAUCCGUUCAGUCAUUACUUUUGUAAAAAGUGUGAUUGUAAGAGUUUGCAUUGGAAGUUUACGGACAAGCGGACGUGUGAUCAGUGUGGGCAUGGCCCGAUGUCGCAUGUCUGUUUCUGGAAUACCGAGAUUCUCACUCCUAUCGCGCGAUACGGUAUCGAAACAGGUGGACCGGGCCAUACCGCCUUCAAAAAGCUCAAAGUCCUGCUCGAUCGAAUGAUGCUUCGUCGGACAAAACUGGAACGGGCGGAUGAUUUGGGAUUACCCCCUCGGACGAUUGUGGUGCGGAGGGAUUAUUUCAGUCCGGAGGAGAAGGAGCUGUAUAUGAGUUUGUUUACGGGGGCGAAGAGGCAGUUUGCGACGUAUGUGGGGCAGGGGACUGUUUUGAAUAACUACUCGAACAUCUUCAGUCUGAUUACGCGGAUGAGGCAGAUGGCGUGUCAUCCGGAUUUGGUCCUGAGGAGCAAGACGGCCAUGUUAAAGGAUAUGGAGACCACCGCCGAGGGGACGGUCUGUCGGCUGUGUCAGGAUACGGCUGAAGAUGCAAUCGUCUCUGCGUGCCGACAUGUCUUUGACCGAGAGUGCAUCCGGCAGUACCUCGAAGUACAGCAAAACAGGGGUCAUCGCCCUGAAUGUCCAGUGUGCCAUAUCGAAAUCUCGAUCGACCUGGAGCAAGAGGCGGUUGAUGUUGAGGAGAACAGUAAGAAGGCGAGGCAGGGGAUCUUAAGUCGGCUGGACCUCAACAAUUGGAGAUCGAGCUCCAAGUUGGAGGCGCUGGUGGAGGAGCUGGAGAAGCUGCGGAACAAGGAUUGUACGAUCAAGUCGCUCGUCUUCUCUCAAUUCGUCUCUUUCCUUGACCUCAUUGCUUUCAGGCUGCAGAAGGCCGGCUUCAACAUCUGUCGACUCGAAGGCGGAAUGACACCGCAACAACGAGACGCCACCAUUCAACACUUUAUGAACAACACCCACGUCACCGUCUUCCUCAUUUCGCUCAAAGCCGGCGGUGUCGCCCUCAACUUGACUGAAGCGAGUAUGGUCUUUAUGAUGGACUCGUGGUGGAACCCUUCGGUCGAGUAUCAGGCUAUGGACCGGAUUCAUCGAUUGGGGCAAAAGAGGCCGGUGAAAGUGGUGAAACUCGUAGUGGAGGAUAGUAUUGAGGAUCAGAUUGUCCAACUGCAACACAAAAAGUUGGCGAUGACUGAGGCGGCACUUAACAAGGACCCGGAUGCUGCGCUCGGGAAGUUGACAGUGGAGGAUUUGGGUUUCUUGUUCAAGAUGUAA